AACAGCAAUAGGAUUAGAGAAUCAGUGAAGAGGCUGAAUCCCUAACCCAUGCAGUUGAUCUUCUAGCAUGCUGAGAGACGAGCACAGGAGCUCUUACUUUGUCUUUGUUUCAACCUGAAAGCUGAAUUUCUUUUAAAGGACAUCUUCGAGCUUAAAUGGAGAUCUUGUGGAAUAUUUCUGCUGUUGUUUUUCUCUGACUUGACUAACAGAACUUUUCUCUUGGUUCAUCUUGUAAGAAGCUGUCACAAUGGACAAUAUAAAGCCCAAGGUAAAAGUGCUGAAAAAGCGCCGUUCCAGUCUUUUUGCGACCAUAAAACGGGAUAUGAGUUUCUCACAAAGCAUUGAAGAACAGGGGUGUGAAUUCCCCUUUUCACAGGACAGCUCGGUGAAACCAUGGACUUCUAUGGAUAACCUUGAUGCUCCUGAUGAGAAAAAGGAAGCAGUUAAAGAAGAGAGGAAAGAGAAACCCAACCGAAGACUACCAAACAUCGUCAACCUCAAUGUGGGUGGAAGGGUGUUUCAUAUCCCGAAACAUUUGGUCCUCCGACACCCUAAAACCAGGAUUGGUGUCCUUGCCCUUUGUGACGAUCCAGUCAAGCGUCUGACGCUCUGUGACGAUUACAAUGUCCAGAUCAACGAGUUCUUUUUUGACCGAGACCCCACGUUUUUCCACUAUAUUUUCCGCUUUUACUGCAGUAACGUCUUGUGGGUGAUGGAUAGUCUUUGCCCUGUCAACUUUGAGGAAGAGUUGUCAUUUUGGGGGCUGAAACUGAAGGACACUCCAAGGUGCUGCCGUAUUUUGUUUGAGGAGAAAGUGGAUGACAUCCGAGACCAACUGAAGGUCAACAAGGAGCUAAUUGAUGAAAUUAAACCACACCAGGAUGAUGAGGGAUACAAGGCCAUGUUUCUCGGAGGCUUCCGGAAGGCCCUCUGGGACUUGAUGGAGAAUCCCUACUCCUCACUUUCCGCCAAAGCCUUUGCUGUGUUCUCCAGUCUUUUUGUGCUUAUCUCUAUUGUUGCCAUGACAAUGAAUACAGUGAAAGAACUCAGGGAGUACAAACUCGCCGGCAGAACCUACAUGGAGUGGGUGGAGAUCAGUUCCAUCCUUUUCUUCACCUCUGAGUACUUUUUGAGAUUAUUCACCACAUCCAACAUCAAACAUUUUGUGAAGAGCGCCCUCAACUUCGUUGACGUGGUGGCCGUUAUGCCCUACUUCAUCCAGAUCCUUUUCGAGGCAUUUGUUAUAGAUGCAGAGGACAUGAGUGCUCAGGAAGAUUUGAAGACCAUGGCAAGGGUCAGUAAAAUCAGCAAGGUGCUCAAGGUGGUCAAGCUGAUGCGUAUCUUCCGUAUCCUGAAGCUUGCCCGUCAUUCCACUGGCAUGAGGGCAUUUGGUUUCACUAUCCGCCAGUGCUCCGAGCAGGUAUGCUGUCUGUUUCUUUUCAUUGCCAUGGGCAUCUUCACCUUCUCCGCUCUGAUGCACUCUGUGGAGGUGGAUCAGCCUGGUACACCAUUCAGCAGCAUACCAGAUGCCUGGUGGUGGGCUGCGGUGAGCAUCUCUACUGUGGGCUACGGAGAUGUCGUUCCUAUCUCCUAUCUUGGCCGCUGUGUGGCGUUUGGCUGCAUCUCGUUUGGCAUCAUCCUCAAUGGCAUGCCCAUCUCCAUUCUCUUCAACAAGUUCUCUGACUACUACGCCAAACUGAAGGAGCAGGAGUACACAUAUUCGAACACCGAACGCUCCUUCCAGCUCAAGAAACGCCUGAGGCGCAAGUUCGACAAGUGCUUCGAACCCCAGCCAGAUGAAUCCGAGGAUGAGGUACACUAUCGGCCCAAUGGGAGGCAAGCUGUCCACGGGAGCGAGGACUGAGAGAAGCUGCAGUGUUGGACACUCGCUAACCCUAAAUGGCCUUAUCACCCAUGGGUCAAGAAAGUGUAAGACCCCAUCUGCCUCCAACUACGAGUCUAUGUGAUUUAAGAUAAACAGUCUAAGCUGGGUAAAUGGAGGCAACAGCAAGUUGAGAUAAGCUUUAAGCCUAGGCUUUACAGUAGUUGCUGUUUGCACGCAAUGGGUGAUGACUCUGUCAAAUGCUGUUUCCAAGAAUAAAAAGUGGCUGCAACUUAUUCUGAGCUUACAGAAAUAGAUGUUUGACACAAGGAGGUCAAGUAGCAACAUUAUUAAUGUUUGAAGGGGAGGGAUGCUUGUGAAAAAUUAUUUUCAUUGGGAGUGCUAUCAAUGAACUGUUUUGGACAACCAUGUGUCCUCUUACAUUUUAAUCUACAUUCCUGAUACACAACACACACCAUACGUUUGAUUUCAGUUUUCUGUGGGAUUUGGGCUGUAGUCACUGUCUUCCACUUUUUAAAAAUGAAAUACGAAUGGGGGUCAAAAUCAUGAGUGUAAUUUUGUUGUGAAGGUCAAUUAUGUUUAGUGCUAUUUUGGUCAGACUGAGAAUCUGAUCAGGGCAAUCAAUGAGGUGCUCACAAGCCCAUUUCAUUCAUGACAGAGGUUAGUUUGUUUCUGAUAUAGGUCUCUCAAGCUGGAAAAUUAUGAUACGAGACAAUGAUGCUUAUCAUUGUCAUCCAGUGUUUGGCACAAACCCCAGCAGGGAGUGAGAGCUGAGCUGCAUGUUCUUACACCACAGAUGUCAGGAUCCAGCUUGGCCCAUACCUCCAGUAGAACGGUCCCUGCACUGUGCUGCUGGCGGUGUUUUGCUCAUUAGACCACUUCCUGUCCUGGACAGCAGUUCUUCAAAGACCAGAGGUACAGUAGGCAAAUAUAUUAUCUCAUCCAAAACAUAUUUUUUGUGUUGUGUUGGCUACUCAAUGCCAUGCACAAAGACGGCAGGUUUUGUAGUAGUUUUGCUGGGUGCAUUGGUUUUUAAAGAAGCCCCUACCGCAUCCACUGAUUCACAUACUCUUUCAAACUGUGCUGUGGUCGUGUUGUGCCUCUGGUCAUGAAAUUACCCGUUGCACCUGCAUUCUGUAGCAAAUACCGUGCCAUGACAGCAAAUACAUGACUACGUGCUCAAAUACAGGCUGGUAAAAUAACAUAAUCCUCUCCUCAAACCCAUUCUCACAUAUAGUAUCUGCUGUAAACAGGAACACAGGUUUUCAAUAUGUCUUCCACCCGUAUUAAACAUAAUUAGAGACAGUUAUGUAUGUUCCAUUCAUUAUUAUCAGUAUAACAAUACAAAUGCUUCCUUGUUUUCCUUUCAGUUUUCUGCAGGUACACAAAAAUAGUUGUUGACGUAUUAGAUUUUGUCCACUAGUUACAGAUGUGUCCAAGUUUUUAUAUUCUCUUUGGACAGUAGCCUAAGGGCGUCACUGUAUGGGUGAAAUCUAUCAAUUUUACACAUCUUCAUGAGCGAUUGUAACUAAGGCGAUAAAAGCUGCAAUGAUUGAAAAGUGCAAACAAAAGGAGUCAACGGAAGGACAUUUUAUGAUAUGUAUUUAUUUAUACAGUCAAUUCUUGUUAUUUAAUUCAUGUCACUUCUUUUUCUGAGUUUAUAAAACUUUGCAGAACACCGCAAAAUGUUCAUAAUUUUUUUAUUGUGCAUAAAAACAAACCAAAAAAAAGUACAAAUGUGACAAAGGCUGGAAACCAUGUUGAACACAGAUUUUAUUAUGUACUAAAAUAUAUACUUCUCAAUCCCAGCUAAAGUGAAAAAAAAAGAUUUCCUGCUGAAUAACAAAAGCCCCUUCCUUAUAACACACUUGUAUUAUUAUUCCUCUGUAAAUACAUAAAGGUAUAUAAACAGACGCUUGUCUCAUUCUACUGA